AUGAAGAAGGCCGCAGUUCGAGAACUUUCUGGACCCCCCCCCGUACACGGCGCUGGACCGCUCCGCUCCGAAUCGUGCCGGCACCGGAGCUGCUCGCCUCGGCGUCAGGGGCAGGGUGACGGCGGGCAGCUCAGCCCCACUGGUAGCGGGGGAGCAGGCUGGCGGUGGGCUCAGCGAGGCGCCGGGCCGGGCAGCCCGCAGCUCGGGGGCCAUUUGCUGUCCACCUCCGUGCCGUCGCCGGAGGUGCUGCAUCUGCCGGCUGCGGGGCGCCUCGGUCAGCUGCCAGGGCCGGCGCUGCCCCUGAAGCUUCCGCUUCCCCCGCGGCAGCGAGGGAGGCUGCAGCUCCCAUUUCUUCGGGGAGUUCAAGUGAGCGUGCCACCCCAGAGGGCGGGGGCCAGGGCAGAGGAUCUGCCGCCUCCGUCCCGCAGGUCCUGCUGCACAGCCCGCACCCGCUGCACCGGUGGGUGCUUUCAGCAGCAUGGCCAGACCCCCUGCCUCGUUUGCCUGGAGGCGGUGGCGGGGCGACCCACCUAUGACACCCUGGUCUGCCCUGCCUGUGCCAGCGCCUGGUUCCACCGUCGCUGCAUCCAGGGCCAGGCGCUGUGGUCUGCCCUGCACUACUUCUGCUGCCCGCUGUGCCGGGACAUGGCAACCUUCCAGGCGGAGAUGUUCCGCCUGGGCAUCAAAAUCCCCGACAGGGUGCCUGCGGGGUGAUCCCCGACGCCCUUGGUACUGAGCGC